CUCAAUCCAUCUGCUUCCUAUCCCAAAAAAAAAUGUGUUUAAGAAGCGGCAUUGAGUGAGCUGCACAUCUUUUUGAAGGAUUUAUUCUCAAUGUCUGUCUUUAGUGACAACAAACAUGCUAUUCAGCUCUUCUCUCUUAUCUUUGUUCUCAGCUUAUUGAUACGCCCUGUUAUUAGAGCAUGGCACUGGGGAGAAGAUGAGUUCAACAUGUUUGAACUUUCAUUAGCAAUGACAAAGAAUCAUACCAACUUUUAUGAAUGGCUAGGUGUCGAGCCAGCAGCAACUACUGCAGAAAUAGGAAAAGCACAUAGAGAACUCGUCUUGAAAUUACAUCCUGAUAUAGCAACAGUAGACGAAGCACAAGAGAAGUUUAUGAUAACAAAUCAAGUUGCUUUUGUUCUGCGUUCCACUGCAUUAAGGCCAUUAUACGAUUAUAUUCUAUUUGAAAACAAAGGCAAGAUUCCCUUUUGGAAAGGCUUUUAUUAUGCCUAUUCUCGUUAUAAAUUACAGUGCAUGGUAUUGUUUCUAUGUAUAGCAGCUAUCUUGCUUGAGUAUCUUAAAGCAUGGGAUCAUUACAUGACAGAGAAACUUGCUAUGGAUCAGUUUAUUCAGAAUGCUAAAUUGAUGGCAGGAAGACUCUCUGAUAAACAUGCAUCAGCCAAGACACAUCGCAGUUACAUUGAUUUAGGGCAUAGAACACUUGAAUGUGAAAUCACAGAGGAUAAGGAGAUCUUUAUCAUACAACAAGACAAACGGUUGCCUUUAUCCUCUUCUCAGUUGAUACAGAAACCAAAUCUAUUCAAUACAUUCUUGCUUCGUUAUCCAGUGCAAUGGAUUCAACGCUUCUUGACAAAAUAAAAAUAAUCCUACAAGAAAAAAAAAAAAAAUGUCAAUCGCGCGCUAGUUCCCUUUCUUUUUUUCUCUCCCUUUCUCUCUCUCUCUCUCUCUCUCUCUCUCUCUCUCU